UGUCCAAAAAUAUAUUCAUGAUGAUAUUUAUUUGCUUGAAGUCAGCAUAGAGCGUCUUCAUUUUGAUAUGUCUUCUGUGCUAUAACCAGUUCUGUUCCUGAGUAGCUGAACGGACUAGCUCAAUCUCUUUCAUGUCUAUAUCUUGUUGGAUCAAAGAGAUUUCUCAUUGUAGAUAUAUCUUUGUCAAAACCAAUAAUUAUGCCGAAAUGGGAAGUUCUAAAUCAAGAUAGUGGAAUUACGAAUGUUAUGAAAACGAAUAUAUUGAGCACAAUAAGUACUACAAUUGAUCUAUAUGGAUCAUCAGAAAUGUAUAAAAUUGCUGAGAAUGUUAAAAGCUGACUCGAUGAAACUUGUGGAAAUUACUGGAGCUUAGUGAUUUACGAAGUAGGCAAAGGUUCAAGUUAUUUUACUCGGUUUGAAUCGAAAUUUUUUUGAGUGAAAGAAACGAAUUUGGGAUGGUGUAUUGCGAUCUGGAAACAAGCUUCAUCUUGAUAAGUAAUGCCAAGAUUCUGAUUACUGUAAAUGAUUUUUUGUAAUUUGUCUACAAUAACAUAACAUUGGCAGAAUUUUACGAAUCUUAUCCGAAUUCAGAAAGUCCUAGAAUGUAGAAAAACUUUCCAAUGAUGCAGAAUCAAACAGUAAGAACAGUCGAAAAUAGGUUAUGGGUGUAGUUGUGGGUAUGGGGUGUGGAUAUGCGAUGUGGGUGUGGGAGUGAGGUAUGGGUGUUUGUGUGGGUGGGUGUGGGUAUCAUCUUCAACUACACAAUACCCACUCAUAUCCACACCCUCACCGAGUUCUGUUGCUGAGCAGCUGAACAGAUUAGUUUAACCUUUUCAUGUCUAUAAUGCUUUAUUUGACAAAACAGAUUUCUCAUUGUAGAUAUAUCUUCUUCGAAAUCAACAACUAUGGCAAGAUGGGAAGUUCAACAUCAAUAUAGUGGAAUCACUGAUGUGAUGAAAACAAAUAUAUUGAGCACAAUAAGUACUACAAUUGAUCUAUAUGGAUCAUCGGAAAUGUUUAAAAUUGCUGACAAUGUUAGAAGCUGGCUUGAUGAUACUUAUGGAAAGCACUGGAGCCUAAUUAUUUUUGAAGUAGGCAAAUGUGGCAUUGGCGCCACUCAUUUUGAAUCGAAAUAUUUUGCAGUGAAAGAAACAAAAUUGGGAUGGUGUAUUGACAUGUGGAAACAAACUUAA